GGUAGGAGACAAAUUGUGACAUGCGAUAAGUCUGCAAUGUGCCUAGAGGGAUAUCCGAAAACGGUCGUCUAAAAGGGUCUGGUUGUUGAUAGUUAUUGUCCUCGGGGGUAACUUACAGUACGGUACAGUACAAUGAAGGGUAUGAGAACUUUUUCUAUUUCCAUUUUUAAAAUUUCGACCACUCCCUUCCCAGAGGUGGCUCCUCACUUGUUCUCGGUGAACGUCUUAGGUUUCGUGCGCAGGCACAGCUGUCCCGCAUCGAUACGGGCAGUCAGACUACUCGAGUAUCCAAUUGAUAAACACUCGCGCCAAGUCACCAACGACGGUUGAUCACGUAAUGGCGGACGAGUUUCCCUCGCCUCGACACCUUUGUCCCCACACCGUUGCAACACCUUUCAUACGAGAAACCGACACCACCCACGAUCACAAUGCCACGACCAAACAAGCGAACCUUAGCCUGUCGGCGGGCGUCAGGAAUUGGGCGUGCAAAAAGACUACGGCAGGAGAGAGUAGUUGGUGCACUAGCGCCCAUAACUUCACAGGCAAGGAUCGCGACCAAAACGGAGGACGAGGAAGGAGAAGAAGAGGAUCACAGUGAUACCGAGGAGGAGGAGGAGGAGGGCAGAGAUCGAGAGCAGCGGGAUGCAGAUCAGAAUGGACAUGAAUUGGAGGCCCAGGUCGGGGAAGUGGGGGGUGGACCGGAGCUUUAUUCCAAUUUCUCACCGCUAGCUUAUCGACCUACCCCAAUUCAAACACCCGUGCCAAUACCCGCGUCCCCACCAGCACCCACCACAACCUCACCAACAGCUCCCGUGGCCCCUGUAGCCCCCGUAGCGCUAAUCGAGGAUCCAGCGCCCGACACGCAGAAUAGUGAUGGCCAUGAGAACGGACUUGAACAAACCGAAGGACUUGAGGAGCCCACCGUCACACCAUUCACGCCUGUCAACCCCCUAAACAAACCCAUUCCGAUCCCAUCAUCCAGCGCUGCAGCCGUCACAAAAACCCCUUGUCGGCAGACCCUCUGGCGCCGCCGUAAGAGGGCAGAAGCCGCAGCUGCGGCAGCCGCGGCAGUAGCCAUCACCGCUGCUACUCCAGAAGCGCCUCCCCCACCGGAUACCCCGACUGCCAUAUCGCUCACGCACGCACAGGAGUUGAAUGCGGCGCUAGCUCGCUGGCCGAGGGCUGUUCCCCAGGAUAUCAAACGUGAGAUCCUGCUGGCUGCGGCCAACGAUAUGGAGAAAUUGCUCAAAUCGAAGACUCUCACUCCCACUGGUCAGGACCUUGUUCGUCAUCAGCAGGUUUUACAAUUCAUCAAUGCUCAACUAAAGAACUCGCGGAACGCUCCCAGAAUGGAGAUCGCGGAGUUGGUGGCUAGCACUUAUCGCAAGGGCAGGGACGUUGCGGAGAGGAUUGUCAAAACCGAGAAGGAGUGGGUCAAGAAUAGGGUUGUGCCGUCCGGGAAGCAAGGGAGGACGGCAAAGGUUCCUAGCAUGAUUGAGGAUCAGGCGACUAGGAGGGUUGUGGAGCAGUAUAUUGAGAAAGCGGUUCGGGAAGAAGGUGUGUUUGUUGCUUCCUCCCCUGCUUUCCUCUUGGCUGGAGAUACUUAUCAGGAAUAGGCAUCUCGUCGCAGGGUUUGGUGAAAGCCGUGACGGACUACUGGCAGUCGCUAGAGUCACAGGAUUCCAUUCGGAAUAGGAUUCGGGAUGAGGAAGACGAUGGCGAAGAUGACGAUCAAGCUGAAGCCCCGGCACAGGGCCCCACUGCACCGAAGAAGCUCUCUAUCACUACUAAGACCGCCACCAGGUGGUUGCAGUUAAUGGGGUACACCUUCAAGGAUGGAAAAUAUCACUUGAAGGGCGAGAUAGUUGCCAAGACGCCAAAGUCAUUGGAGAAUCACGCCCACCAGCAACAACAAAUUCAACAGAUGCAGCAGGAGCUCCAGGCGCAUGCUGCUGCAUCAAGCGCACAGCCGCCAACAACUCCCGGACCUUCUCAACACUCCCAGCACUCGCAAGCGCCAGGAUCGCCUCCACCGCCGGGACAGCCGCCGUCUUCAUCGAGCGAGUUUUCGGGAUUCAAUUGGCAGGGAUCUGGGUAGUUUCUUUUAGCUAGGAAGUUUUCCCCUUUUUUUCUUCUCUUUCUUUACUCUACUUUCCUUCGCUUCAUUUGGUCCCUGGGGUGUUCUGGGUUUGUUCAUUGUGUAACUCUACUUUAUCUGAUGACUUGACGUGCUCCUUUGUCCUCCGAAUCACAGACCGCGCCGCAGAGUCUGGUGAUUCCAUAUAUAUAGCUAAUAUAAGGUCGGGUCUUCUGUGCA